AUGCAACUAAACUCAAAAUUAGCUUUAGCCUCAGUAUUGAGUGCUUCCGCUUUAGCAGCCACUAACUCUACAAGCUCAGUCCCAUCUUCCUGUAGUCUAGGUUCAAGUGCUACCGCUACUGCUCAAACCGAUUUAGAUAAAUAUUCCGAUUGUGAAACUCUAGUAGGUAAUUUAACCAUCACUGGUGACUUGGGUUCUGCCGCUUUAGCUAACGUCAAGACCAUCGACGGUUCUCUAACCAUCAACAAUGCCACUUCUUUGACACAAUUCUCCGCUGAUGCCGUCGAAACUAUCACCGGUGAUUUGAAUUUGCAAAGUUUAACUAUCUUAACCUCCGCCUCUUUCGGGGGGUUACAAACCGUCGAUAGUAUCAAUCUAAUCACUUUACCAGCAAUCUCCACUUUUGCCAGUAACUUAAAGAGUGCUCAAAAUAUCUACAUCUCCGAUACUUCUUUAGAAUCUAUCGAUGGUUUCUCCGUCUUAAAGGAUGUCAACGUUUUCAACAUUAAUAAUAACAAAUACUUAACCUCCAUUGAAUCUUCAUUAGAAACUGUCACGGACUCCUUAUCAUUCUCCUACAAUGCUGAUGAAGCUGCAAUCAACUUCGACAAUUUGGUCUGGGCUAAUAACAUUACCGUCUACUCCGUUAACAACGCUUCUUUUGCAAAGUUAUCAAACGUUAACGCUUCUUUAGGUUUCUUAAAUAACACCUUCACAUCCCUAUCAUUGAAUGCUUUGGAAACAGUCGGUGGUACUUUCACUGUCACUUACAAUGACGAUUUGACUAAAAUCACCGCUAAUAACUUAACUACUGUCAGCGGUGCUUUCAUUCUUUCUAACAACACUGAUUUAUCCCAAAUUGACGGUUUCUCCUCUUUGAAAACCAUUGGAGGUGCUCUAGACGUUGUAGGUAACUUCAGCACCUUAGAUUUACCAAGUUUAAAAUCAGUUAAAGGUGGUGCCGAUAUUGAAACUCACGCCACUAACUUCUCCUGUUCCGCUUUCAACAAAUUACAAAAGAGUGGUGCAAUUGAAGGUGACAAGUACGUCUGUAAGAAUGGUGCUACUUCUACUUCAGUUUCUUUAUCUGCUACAUCUACAUCAAACUCUAAGAGUUCUGCUACUGGUUCUGGUUCCAACGCUGCAGCUUCUGUUUCUUCUGACGGAAGCUCUUCGUCCUCUUCAUCCAAGUCUAGUGGUGCUGCGGCUGCUCAAUACGCUCCAGCUUCCUCCUUCAUGGGUUUUGCUGCCGCUGUUGCAGUUGCAUUAUUGUAA